AUGAAGUUCAUCUGUGCUCUCUGGCUUUGGAUGUUGCUGUCAGAAUUUAAUUCAACUACUGGCGAAAUUUCUAGUCAAGGACACAGUGAAGGAAGCAUCACAAUUACAUGUUCCCACGGCUGGGCUUCAACCAAUAUAAAGUAUUUCUGCAGAGAUCCAUGUAAAGACAUUAAAGAUAUUUUAGUGAAAUCUGACCAGUCACCUAGAGGAAGAUACACACUGAAGGAUUCUAGAGAAGGAACCUUCACUGUGAACAUCACUGAUCUACAGGAGUCAGACUCUGGGAUUUACUGGUGCGGAGUGGAGAGAUUUGGUUUCGACUCAUUUAAGAAAGUCAGACUGACAGUAUUUAAAGCCAACACUGGAAACAUGGAGGAAGUGACUCAUCAGAGGACGAUGGAAACGCAAACAAAUCCUGGGACAAGCGUUGAAAUGCACUUGACUAUACAAAGACACUCAGUUUUCGUAUCUUCAACCACUAAGGACAGCACACUCUCACUGACAUCAGCAGGUUUUGUCAAAGCAUCUGGUCCAGCUGGCGAAAAAGCAGGUGCUGAACACACAAACUCAUCCUCAUCUGCCCAUAUAUUCCCAGUGCCCUUAUAUUACAUGCCUUAUGCUGCUGGUGGUUUGGCCGUCAUGGUGAUCAUAUGCGCAGUUGGACUGGUCACUGUUUGUCAGUGCAGAAAGCGAGUCAAGAAAUCAAGAUGUGUUAUUGCAAGAUCUAUAUACAAUUCCCAUCACAGCGAGGAGGCUGAUGCUGUUUAUCAGAAUGCACCUGAUGACGGACCCUACGCCACCAUAAAGAAAUCCAGUACCAAGUCUAAGGACGAGAGCCAAUCAGACCCAAUCUAUCAGAACCUACACUUCAACACUACCCAGGGAGAAACUAUCUAUGGCAAUCUAUAG